AAAAAAAAAAAAUAAUGGCAUUCAGUGCAGCGAAACAAUGCAAAUCAAUAAUAAUGCAGCGCAGCAUGUACAGCCACUUGUCCAUUCGGAAUAUGGCUUCAACGACAACACCAAAGAUGGCGGCGGCAUCAGUGGCUGCUGCCGCUGCUAGCGGUGCAAUGCAGCAACAAGGGGGGAGGAUGAAGAGGAUAGGCGCAAUAUACGGACCAAUGUGGGCGGUGAUCGGAAUAAUGGGAGGAUUAGUCGGAACGGCAUGCUGCAUUGGGAUACACACCGCCAAACAACAGCUAUUCCAUUCACCGUCUGUUCAGGUUACCAAAAAGAGAAGGGAGUGCGUUCCCGAGGUUGACACUCCUGAAGCUGUUAUCCGUUCAGCCGACAAGUUCGAGAACAAAUCAUUCCUAAGGAAGGUCGCUCACAUUCAGGACAACCGUAACCGUGCAGUUCAUCCCGAUCCAUACGCUCGGUCUCGGGAGGCUGAAACCUUACACUCGGUGGGCGUUCGCACUUAAGCAUGUGGAAUUGAGUAAUUCAAAUGUUUGUAUAUAAUAAUAGCAGCUUAUAUAUAUUAGUAAAAUAAAUGGUUAGAUUUUAGAAGCUAACCUCUGUUACCCCUGUUUUAAAUGUUUGUUUUUUUUGGUUUGGAUUAUGCAUUGUAAUUUGUAUUUGUGCCCCUCUGCUUAGUUCAAUGCCUAUAGCAGCAGUAGUGAGGUGCUUAACUGUAUAUUUGUUUACUACAAUAAUAAAGUUUGUUUAAUUAGUAUUUAUUAACUGUCGCUAAUGGCUUCUUACUUCUUAUAUGCAAAGAGGUGAAGUGUUUCGACUUGU